UCUUAGGGCUUUAAGGAAAUUUGUAGGCCAUGGAUAUCCAUGUGAUUGCAUGUGCAAUGUCUUUUCCUAAUAACCCCACCAACUACCCUUUUCAAUUAAUAAAUAAUUCUUUCAACUCCAUUUUUUUCUUCUGAACUCUCGACUUCUUCAACUGCUACACGUUUUGUUCUUCCAUCCCCACAAAAGUUCUGCAAAUAUACAGUUCUCCCACCACUCUCAUGAAUCUUUGUCAGUAGAAUCUGAAUCUAUAGGAAACUGAAAUGCACAAUUCUAGCCAACUCAAGAAAGAAUUUAUCAAGAAAUGGGUUCAGGGACUUCAAAUAUGUUGUUCUUCAAAGAAGCAAAUGAAUCUCUUGGAAAGAAAGAAGAAAAUAAAGCUUUCAGCAGACAUCGCCUUAGCUACUGCAAAAAAUGCUACAACUUCUUGGAGUAAAGCUCUCAUUUCAGAGGCCAAAAGAGACAAAGAAAACGAGAUUCUCGUGCAAAACUUAGAAAGCCAUGAAUUAAAGUUCAUGGUUUCACACCAAAAAGUCACUUGCAACAAGAGAAUAAGAAGCAAGAAAAUCUUGAAAACGAGUUGUGGUUUUGGGAAACGAAUUAAGAAGAUGGGACCUCGUCGAUCAGAUUUAGCGACUUGUAUUGCUAAAAGAUUGGUGAAGAAGAAAACCCAGGUUCUUAAAAAACUUGUACCAGGUGGAGAAGCCAUGGAUGAUUUCACCAUCUUUAAAGAAGCAUUAGACUAUAUACUUUCUCUUCGGGUUCAUUUCAAAAUUAGCAGCUGGAACAACGACACUAAAAAUAGAGCCUGAAGAAAUCGUACAUGUAUUCUUCUUAACUCAGGAAAGAGUGUCGAGAAAACAAUAUUUCCAUGUAAUUAUUAGGCCUUGCUAUUUGUACUUGAUAGCCAAAAAAAACAUUUGCAGCUACGUAAUGAAGCUAUCUCACGUUGUCCAUGAAAUAAAUAACUGGCCUUUAAUUAUAAAGAAGUUAUUU